GUUAAGUGUAGAUGGACUUAUUGUAUAUUUUCCAUAUGACUAUAUAUACCCAGAGCAAUAUGCCUACAUGAUGGAGCUUAAAAGAGGCUUGGACGCUAAAGGUCACUGCCUCUUGGAAAUGCCUUCAGGAACCGGAAAGACAACUACGCUCCUUUCUCUCAUUGUUGCAUACAUGAUAGAGAAUCCAUUUUCAGUUGUAAAGUUAAUUUAUUGCUCUCGAACUGUACCUGAAAUUGAAAAGGUCAUGGAGGAAAUGAAACGUCUUUUGUCAUACAUUGAAAAAGAGAGAGGUGUUCCCAAUACCAUGACUGGUGUUGUUCUGAGCUCAAGAAAAAAUCUGUGCAUUCACCCUCAGGUCAGCAAGGAAAGAGAAGGUAAAGUUGUGGAUGGCCGUUGCCACUCUCUCACUGCUUCUUACAUUCGAGAAAGACACAAGGCUGAUGAAAGUGUGCCUGUCUGUACAUUUUAUGACAACUAUGACAUUGAAGGUCGGGAAGGAACUAUUCCACCAGGGGUUUACAAUCUUGAUGACCUCAAAAUGUAUGGACAGAAGAUGGGGUGGUGCCCCUACUUUAUAGCAAGACAAACUAUACUUCAUGCCCAGAUUGUGGUAUACAGCUAUCACUAUCUACUUGACCCUAAAAUUGCUGAAGUUGUUUCCAAAGAACUCUCAAGAAAUGCUGUUGUAGUUUUUGAUGAGGCUCACAACAUAGACAAUGUGUGCAUUGAUUCUAUGAGUGUAAAAAUUACAAGGCGAAUAAUAGACAAAUGCACGCAGAAUUUACAGUUUCUUGAAACCGCAGUGAAAGAAAUGCGAGAAACUGAUGAAGCAGGUCUACAAAAUGAGUAUGAAAGAUUAGUUGAGGGUCUGAGACAGGCAAAUGAAGAAAGAGAAAGUGAUGUAAUAUUAGCAAAUCCAGUCUUGCCUAAUGAAAUUUUGCAAGAGGCUGUACCAGGCAACAUAAGAACUGCAGAACACUUUGUGAGCUUCCUUAAACGCUUUGUAGAAUACCUUAAGACCAGAUUGCGAGUUCAGCAUGUUGUACAGGAAUCUUCAGCGGGAUUUUUAAAGGACUGUCUAGAAAAAGUCUGUAUUCAAAGAAAACCUUUGAGAUUUUGUGCUGAACGUCUAUCUUCCCUGUUGCGUACCCUUGAAAUUGCUGAUUUGACUGAUUUCUCACCCCUCACUCUCAUAACCCAUUUAGCAACAUUAGUCUCAACAUACACCAAGGGGUUUUCAAUUAUUGUUGAACCAUUUGAUGAUAAGAACCCAACUGUGUCAAAUCCAAUCUUAUACUUCAGUUGUUUGGACUCAAGUAUUGCUAUAAAACCAGUGUUCGAGCGCUUCCAAAGUGUUGUUAUAACUUCGGGUACAUUGUCUCCUCUAGACAUGUAUCCUAAAAUCCUAGAUUUCCAUCCUGUAAUAAUGAGUUCCUUUACUAUGACAUUAGCAAGACCCUGUCUUCUUCCUAUGAUUGUAUCAAAAGGCAAUGACCAAGUUGCUAUAUCAUCUCGGUAUGAAACAAGAGAAGAUGUAGCUGUUGUAAGAAACUAUGGCCAGCUACUUGUUGAAGUUGCGUCAGUUGUGCCCGAUGGAGUUGUUUGCUUUUUCACAUCAUAUCUAUAUUUAGAAUCUGUGGUGGCCUCUUGGUAUGAUCAAGGUGUUAUAUCAAAUCUUCAGCGACAUAAAUUGCUUUUCAUCGAAACACAAGAUUCUGCUGAAACCAGUUUGGCAUUAUUAAAUUAUAUCAAGGCUUGCGACACAGGAAGGGGAGCAGUUUUACUGUCUGUAGCCAGGGGAAAGGUGUCCGAAGGAGUUGAUUUCGACCACCAUUUAGGUCGGGCCGUACUUAUGUUUGGUAUCCCCUAUGUAUAUACCCAGUCCCGAAUCUUACGGGCCCGGUUGGAGUACCUAAGAGACCAGUUCCAGAUCAGAGAAAAUGAUUUUCUAACAUUUGAUGCCAUGAGACAUGCCGCUCAGUGUAUUGGCCGAGUAUUGAGAGGAAAGACAGAUUAUGGAAUUAUGAUUUUUGCUGAUAAGAGGUUUUCACGCUCUGAUAAGCGAAGCAAAAUUCCCAAGUGGAUUCAAGAAUACUUGUCCGAUAAUCUUUGCAAUUUAUCUACUGAAGAAUGUAUUCAGAUGUGCAAAAGAUUUCUACGGAAGAUGGCUCAACCUUUCACCCAGGAAGAUCAAAUGGGCGUAUCACUGUUGACAUUAGAACAACUUGAAAAUGAAGAAUGGAUGAAAAAAGCUGAGCAAAAGGCGCAUGCCCAAAUCUAAAUUUAUAAAAGCAGUCCGUUUGUUGUACAGUAUCUGUUGUUUUGUCUUUCACCUAAAUUUGUCCACAAUUCAAGGAAUGGAGAGUAAAAAAUCACUGUCUACAAAUUAGUCUA